CGCCAACGCGACGUCCUCUCUCCGGAAACAGGAGAAGAUAUCAUGGACGAGACAUGGAAGACCAUGCUGGACGAGUCUCUUGACGGAGUCGGGGUGUUGGGCGCCGGGUUGGGCGGAGGUCAUGAGCUUGGCGUCCUGAGUUUUGACGACCUUUCUCGCCACCACAGCCUUGAUCUUGAUCACUCUGCCAGGCUUGAUCAAGCCGCUCCGCCAGCCCCGCACCAUUCCCCGCACUUUGACUUGGCAGAGGCAUGGCUUCCCAUGCUUGCUAACGAUGACCCGAGCACAUUGUUUAGUCUCCCUAUGCUUGACACGGAGCCUACCUCGCCGUCGUUGUCGCUCGCUGCCGGUCCACUCCCUCUGCUCUCGCCCACCUUCUCUUCAUCCACUCCGGCGUCGUCGCUCUCGCGCUCGGCAGAGUCUUCCGUCUCGCCGUCGUAUCCAUCGAGUGGCUCGUCCCAGGCAUCCGCGUCAGGGCUAGACUCCUCGACCACUACCACUGUCUCGACCUCGAGCUCAUCGUCGUCAUCGACAUCGGCGUCGUCGACAUCGUCUUCUGGAGCCUCCAAGGGCAAGGUCGCGUCGAGCGCGUGCGAUCGAUGCCGGCUUGGCAAGCGCAAGUGCUCCGGAAAGGGAGAGCGCGGCGUGUGUGAGCGCUGCAUCCGGCUCGAGGUGGACUGCACAUGGGAGUAUGUGCCGCGGCGGCGUGGACAGAAGCCCAAGCCGCUGGCGGCCAUUCUGGAUAGCAAGCGGAAGCGCAAGUAUGACGCCGGCGAAGACGGCGAUGACAGCAGCAGAGCGUCACGCGCUCUGGUCGAGACCGGCAAGCGGGCGCGGUCGCUCGGCUCUGCACUCGGAAGUGUGGUGAGCGUUGAGUCGUCGCUCCCGGCCUGGCUGGCGCCUCUCGACUAUCUUAAGAUCUUUGAAGUGCUUCCUUCGCGCCAGCCUGUGGUUGCGGCGCUCCGGCCGCUGCUCCCAGACAUGUGCCAGAUGCUUGCCGAUGGCCCUCCGGGACCGGGCGUUUCUGUUGUGGGUGCGGUGCUUGGCCGGCUGGCGCUGGCGCACGCGGCGCUUGUGCUGGGCGACUCCAACUCGGUGGCGGUGCUCACUGCGCAAGUGCUUGAUCGAUACGGGGCGAUGAUGUCUGUCAGCUCUGCCGAGGCUGUGCUCUGUCAUGCCAUGCUCGCGUUUCUUUCGCUUGACGGGCACAGCGCGCGUGCGCGGAUGCACGCGAUUCUGGCCCGGACAACAGCCAUUCAGGCUGGACUGCUCAACGCCGACGCUGCCGACGGGCCGACGGCGGACCUCACGUUUGUGGCCCUGCUCACAGCCAUGGCUGCCGUCUCACGGAGCGGUGGGGCCUGGGACCAUCCGCGCGCCAAGGCACACUCGAUGCUUGCGCUGGCGUUCUCGCGGGUCCACGCCGCAACCGACGUGGCCAUGGUCACACUCCUUGCCCGCGAGUUGGCGCGGUUCAAGUGCCCGGGCGCCGAGGGAGCGAUCAAGGUCUACGCCUCGCUCAUUGGACUCUGCUCACUGGACCUCUCAAUGUGCGCCGAGUGGAACGAGGCGUCUGUGAGCGCCCUGGCGGCGAUGGUGAGCUGCGCGCCUUUUGCAGCGGCGGUGACAAACUCUGGCGCGGACUCGCGGGCGCUGGCGGACAGGUGCCUGGCGGCUGUGGACGAGGCCGAGGGCGCGGCCGCGUCGGUCCAGGUCCCCGCCGCGAGCUGCAGCUCCAAGCCAGCGGCGCAUCCGUACCUGAUGGGAGUGCGGUAUGUGGCGCAGGUCGGGCGCGACGGGGACGAAGCCGCAGCGACGGAUGCGGCAGGUGAGGCCUUUGCCAAGUCUCUGGGCACGACGCUGCGGUUUCUCGCGUCGCGGGUAGACAACUUUGGCUGCGGCUCGUCGAACACCGAGCUCAAGCUCCUCGCCCUUGCUGCAGCGUUUGUCAUGCUCGGCGAGGCGCGCGGGACCCACUGGAUGCCGCGCUCGCGGCGGUGCCGCGGUCGACGGUAGCGUCGGCGGUGAGAGUCAUGCUCUCGCCGGCGUACGCCAAGGCUGCGGCGCGGCAGCCGCGGAUGGGAUAGGCCAUGGUUCAAUGAAGAGCGUCGAGAGCC